AAUCUCCCGUGCUCCACCUGCUCCACCUCCGGCGACGGCGGCGCUGCUUCCCGGUCGGGGCAUAGGAUCUUCCCCCCAUCGCAAAUCGAAGAGAAAAUAAGUGAUGGAUUAGUAUUGCAGUAUUUUCGUUAAGUUUGGUUUUCGUUAUCGAUCUGCGUUCAUUGAUUUGACACGAAAUUUAAGUGCCUGCUAUUUUGAAGGUUCUACCGGAAUUGGGGAUAGCAGUGUCUUCUACAGUACUCAUGAUAUCUCUCUCUAGCUUCUCUGCGAGGGGACGAGCAGGUGCUGGAAUCCAGGCGCCGCCAUGGCUGAGCACCUGGCGUCAAUCUUCGGCACGGAGAAGGACCGCGUGAACUGCCCCUUCUACUUCAAGAUCGGCGCGUGCAGGCACGGCGACCGCUGCUCCCGCCUGCACAACCGCCCCUCCGUGUCGCCGACGCUGCUGCUCUGCAACAUGUACCAGCGCCCCGACAUGAUCACCCCGGGCUUCGACCCGCAGGGCAACCCCAUCGACCCCAGCAAGAUCCAGGGCGACUUCGAGGACUUCUACGAGGACAUCUUCGACGAGCUCAGCAAGUACGGCGAGGUGGAGAACCUGCACGUCUGCGACAACCUCGCCGACCACCUCAUUGGCAACGUGUACGUCUCGUUCAGGGAGGAGGACCAGGCUGCCAAGGCCCUCCAGGCGCUGCAGGGGCGGUUCUACUCUGGCCGCCCCAUCAUCGCUGAGUUCUCGCCGGUCACCGACUUCCGGGAGGCCACCUGCAGGCAGUUCGAGGAGCACAACUGCAACCGUGGAGGGUACUGCAACUUUAUGCAUGUGAAGGAGAUCGGCAGGGACCUGAGGAAGAGGCUGUAUGGGCACCUGUCUAGGUCCAGGAGAAGCCACAGCAGGAGCAGCAGGAGCCCGAGCCCUUACCAUUACCACUCGAGGGACCGUGAUCGAUCCUCGCGGUCGUCCAGGGACCGCGGCGACUACUAUGGCGGCAGCUUGGACCGCGGUGACUAUGGUGAUUACCACCACCAUAGCAGGAGGAGCAGUGAGAGGAAUCGCAACUAUGACAGUGAUGGGAGCAGGCGUCGGCGGCACAGGAGCCGCAGUAGGAGCCCGGUCAGGGAGGGCAGCGAGGAGAGGAGGGCGAAAAUUGAACAGUGGAACCGCGAAAGGGAGGCGGCUCAGGCCUGAGAGCUUUGGUCUCGUUGCAGGUUGCAGUGUUGCCUUGUUCACCGAAUGUUCUGCCUGUCUGAUCGUGUAUUGGUAGAUGAAGUUAGAAUGUCGUCCUAGUGAACUUACUCAGAUGCAUGAUGUAGCCUAUUCGGCGUUUUUCUUGUUGAACUUGAUGUGUUGUUGGAACCUAUUUGGUGAUGAGCUUGUUAUGAUUAAAGUUUUCCAUGAAUGCUCCUUUUUU